AUGGCAAUGCGACCACCUCUACAACAUCAACAAGAACCUGUAGACCACCACCAGCAGCAAAAUAACAAUACCCCUGCAUACGUUUUGACGCCUUCAUCUUCAACAUCUUUAUUAACAACGUCAUCAACACCACCAAACUCUCAGCAGCAAGAAAUUAUUUGGUAUUCGGAAACACCUUCGCCCGAUUUAAGCACCUCCACCUCAUCUUCUGUGGGAGUUGGAGGCUAUGAAAGCCCUGGCCAAAAUCAUCACCAUCAUCAUCAUCAUCAGCAUACUCAGAGUCAACAUCAACGUCAUAGUCACAGUCUAAUGGAACAUUUGGCGCACAUGCAAUUAACACCACCACCACCACCACCCCCUUUGUCAUUAACACAUUCCUCUGGGUCUAGGCACUCCUUUCAGCAGCAUCAAAAUACUCAUCUUCAUCAUAGCCACCAUCUGCAACAUUCAAAUCAGUACUCUUCGCAGGCUGUGCAAAAUCAUCCGCAUCAUCAAAAUUUUGCCAACUCAAACCAUCAUCAUUUCGCAGCAGCUUCAAUACGUUAA